AUGUCGACGGACAGAUGGAGCAAGUAUAUGAAAGGGGCCUCCGCUAUCUUUGCCUACUAUAUCUCGCAAGGUGCCACAGUCGUAGUUUUAACACCACCUCCUCCGCACAAGUUUAAUCCUUCGGGAAGGACAAACUACCAGGCCAUUGAGGAGCCGAUUCUGAAAGGAGCAUUUGGAGGCAGUGCCGUAUCGCGGAUAGACAUGGUGCACCCAACGGUCAGAGGUGCGGAGGAUUUCUCAUACCAGGCCUGGCCCGCGGAUGAAACCUACAUCUGGAUUGCAGAUUUUGGGGCCUUGGCCGUGAAAGAAUCACGUUGGCGAAAAGCGCGAACGGUCAUAUCUCUACAGGUGAUUACCGGGGAAAAUGGGAUAACUUUGAGCCAGCCUACCCUACAGAACACAGGCGUGGGAGAUUUAGCACCUGAUAAGGGUAUCACUUGUGGGAAGACCCCCAGCUUAAAGAAUAAGGAGCGGACCAAGUCAAAAAAACAAAUUAAAACCGGGAAAGCGAAUAGUGCUAAGACGGUGCCUAAAAAAGGGGUGAAAGAGGAGAAUCUUUGUGCUACCAUGAAAUUGCACGUGUCUGUUGACAUCCACGGACACGGCAACGGAACGUUUCUCACCUCAGAAAGUAAUGGAGAUACUCUGAAGACAGUUCUCAAGUCAAGCUCUAUCCCCAAGGUCUUUUUCGACGUCCGCAGGGACUCUGAUGCACUAUUUGCCCAUUUCGAAACCCAACUAUCAGGCGCCCAGGAUAUACAGUUGAUGGAGCUUGCAACAAGAACGGGACCAAAAAAAUAUGUCAAUGGGUUGUCACGGUGCAUCGAAAGAGACGGUGGGCUCACUUCGGAGGAGCAGAGGCUAGGGAAAUCGACGAAAGCCAAAGGGUUGAAGCUGUCUCUUCCUAAGCACGGUGGAAGCUACGAGGUUUUCAAUCCGCGCCCGAUAUCUCCAGAUAUAAAAGCGUAUUGCGUCCAAGACGUCCAAUAUAUGCCCAUGCUUCGGAAAAUUAUUGUUCCAAACUGA